CAGCUCGGAGCCGCGACCGCAGAGGUCCGAGCACUCUCGGCGCGUAAGUAACUGCUGCGCUUUCCUCUCCUAGAACCCGAGCCCUGCCGCGGAGCUCCGGGCGGCCCGGCCCCCAGGCGCUGCGGCCGCGCCGCGCGUCCCUGCCAGCCCGCACCAUGAACACCAUCGUCUUCAACAAGCUCAGCGGCGCCGUGCUCUUUGAGGACAGAGGCGCUCCGGAGCGGGAGCGGGGCGGCCGGCCCUUCGGUGGCGUCCUGGAGAGUCCCCACCCCCGCCCCGAGGUGGGCAUUCCCGACGGUCCGCCCCUCAAGGACAACCUCGGCCUGAGACACCGGAGGACCGGGGCCCGGCAGAACGGCGGGAAGGUGAGGCACAAGCGGCAGGCCCUGCAAGACAUGGCGCGGCCCCUCAAGCAGUGGCUUUACAAGCACCGAGACAACCCGUACCCCACCAAGACCGAGAAGAUUCUCUUGGCCCUGGGCUCGCAGAUGACGCUAGUGCAGGUGUCGAAUUGGUUUGCUAAUGCAAGACGUCGGCUUAAGAAUACUGUUCGACAGCCAGAUUUAAGCUGGGCUUUAAGAAUAAAGUUAUACAACAAGUAUGUUCAAGGAAACGCUGAGCGGCUCAGUGUAAGCAGUGAUGAUUCGUGUUCUGAAGAUGGAGAAAACCCUCCAAGAAACCACAUGAAUGAAGGAAGCUAUAAUACUCCAGUUCACCAUCCUGUGAUUAAAAGUGAGAGCUCAGUCAUAAAAGCUGGAGUGAGGCCAGAGUCCCAGGCCAGCGAGGACUAUGUGUCACCCCCCAAAUACAAGAGCAGCUUGUUGAACCGUUACCUUAACGACUCUUUGAGACAUGUCAUGGCCACAAACACUGCCAUGAUGGGGAAAACCAGGCAAAGAAACCAUUCGGGAUCUUUUAGUUCCAAUGAGUUUGAGGAGGAACUGGUGUCUCCGUCGUCGUCAGAAACCGAAGGCAACUUUGUCUACCGCACAGGUUACCUUUCUUGUUUCUCUGCCACAAUGACUCUGGAGUUUACAUCUUACGAUUCCAGCCACAGCCAAAAAUAACUGGCCACCUCUCAGUUGAAUCCCAGUAUUCCAUGGGAGAGAAUUGACAGACCUGAUUUAGGGCC